ACCCAACCCUAUAUAUAUAUAGACACACACACAUAAAACUUCAAAAAUUCAUAAUAAACCGAUCAGACGUCCAAAUCCACUCAUGUCAACGUCAUUGGACUCCUUUGACAGUGUUGCAUCUCCAUCCAACCAGAAAUCAUUUCCAGAUGGCCGGCGGUGACAUCGCCGGACAAGGACAAACUGCCCACCAUGAUGCAACUACUUCCAGAUGUCAUGGCCGCCUUAUUGCCUCCUUCGUGUCCCUCACGAGUGUAGGAGGUCCAAUAAGCAUUCUCCACCCAUUAGCCGCCUCUCCAAGUGGCCAUAACCCCAUGAUCAGAUUUUCACCUAUAAAUAGAGAUGAUCAUGUGGAUUGUGUUGAUGCUGAUUGAAGCUUAUGGUCCGAGAGCGUUGUAUCAUUUAGAUAUUAUGUUUAGAAAAUAAGGAUUUACAAUAUUGUAUUUUCAAAUAAUGCGGUGAUAGCCUUAGCACUUAGUUAUGUAAAGCUAAGCGUGGCGGUAAUGCACCCAAUUUUCUUUUGAAAGUCUUUCACUCAACUCAAUGUUUUAUUAUCAAUAAAAGGAUAUGUUUAUUAUAAUUGGGUGUGGAAAUUGAG